UAAAAAAAUUUCGUCAACGCGCUUUUCCUUUUUCAUUCUCCCGCUUUCCUUGCCAAUCUCUUCAUAUCUUCCUUAAUCUCUUCCCUCUUUUUCAUCUAGCUGUGACCUAACAAAAACUGUUUUGCUAAAUCCCUUCCCUUUUUCUAUCUAAUCAUGACCUAACAAAAUCUCUCACUUCGCUCUAACCAGUUUUCUCUCACGUUGCUCUAACAAAACCAGUUUUCUCUCACUUCGACCUUGAACAAAAUAUCUCUAUCUCGCUCUAACCUUUCUAUGGUUACUCUAAGACCCGUUGAAGCAAGUUUAAAUGGUUAGCAUAAGAAGAACGUUUAACUAAAAGUCAGGUUUUCUAAUUGUCUGCCAAUUUUCUUGGAAGUACAGUUUUCCCCUCAUUAGGGGAAGUUAAAGCAUGGUUAAUUAUUUCUCAUUGCUCCUUGUUUUUGUUAGCUUGGAAGGAGGUCAAGAAGGGUGUCUGUGUUGAAAAUCUUGCCGAGUUUGAGGCUCAAAAUAUGAGCAACAUUAUAAGGCUUCUAACUCAGGAUGGUGCGCUGUUCUGGCUCGUAGGGGCUCUGUUGUGGUGUGUUUAUUGCAGGUGUUCUCGCUUCUGUUGGUGCUGGUUUGGUCUUCAGGCCUGCUGUGCUUUAGCAGGGAUUAGUCUGGUAGUGUUGCUAGAGCUUAGUGGCAGGGUCUGGUUCACUGUGUUGUUAUCAGUAGGAGUUUUUCUUUAGUUGUGGGUUCAGGUGGAUUUGUGUGAGUUGUUGAUGGAUAUCAAACUUCUAUUAGUUAAUACCCCUUUUUCCAUUGAUGUAACCAUCCAAUCGCACAUCUGCAACGUAUAAAGUACUCACAUCUACUACAAGAAUCUUGUAAUAGAGAGUAUAUGCAACUCUAUGCUCUAGUAGUUAGUAACAUAAUAUGCUCUCCAGGUUGUACUUUAGCAGAACAACUAUUAGAAGACAAUUGUGUUUGGUUUUAAGGAACUAGAUCUUGGAUCAGUCUGUUGAACAAGCUACCGCGUUCGAGAAAAAAAGAAACUAUAAUGAGUUUAUUAUUCCAUAAUAAUGUUAAUAUAGUGAGGUAGUAUCCAGGAAUUUAAUACUAUUUUUUAAAUCAUAUUUGAGUUAGAAAUCACUUGUUUUAGUUAUAUGGGCAAGUAGACAUAAACCUAAUACAAAAAGAAAACAUAACAGACAUGAGAUCUACGAGGGGCUUUGGAAUCCUUUCCCUCUUCUGAUUACUUUUAUGAGUGCCAGCCUUCUUUUUAAUUAUUUAUUAUUCGUCGUAUACUCUCAUAGCAUAUUUUCAUUAUACGAUAGAUAUCGUACUUAGAAUUUGUAUGAGAAGCUCUGCUAUGGGUUUACCAUCUUUGUUUUGAUAAAAAAAAUAUAUACUAUGACCAACUUCCUUUGGAUUUGAAUAUAUUCAUGGUUUAACUCAGUUUGUCUCAACACAAUUAUCGUGAAUGGCAUCAUGUCAUGUUUCAUAUACUAUGGGUUUUUAUUAGCAUCUUCUUAUGGUAACUAUUUUGUUAGAAAGUUCUAGUGAGAAAUGCUUACAUUUAAUCAUAUGGUGAUUAAUAAAAAUGUUUGGUUGAUUUUUCAAGUUUGUUGAAAAUAGACUAAUUUUUGCUCUUUUGUUUUUUCAGUAAAUUCUAUGUCAGUAAGCCUCUGAAGUUUUCAUAUGUAUUAAUUAUAUAUCAAUUGAUGAAAAAUUGAUUAUUUAAAUAUUUUAUUUUUUUUAAUAUAUUUUAAUAUUUUACGGAGGUUCUAAACCUCCGCAGGCAAACCGCCCCAGUUUGUUAAACCCUAUACCAGCGGUCACCUAUAACUCCCGCGGAUAAACUAUGGCAAUCGUAUAAGCAGGGGUUUUCAAAACUCCCGCAAAACAAUUUGCGGAGGUCAAACCCCCCCGCAAAUUAGUCUAAAACCCCCCGCUAUAUAGACGCGUUUUUUGUAGUGGUUAUCAAGACUUACUCCUUAUCAUGACCAUUGAUUCUUCUCAAUCUAAUGGUUAAAAUUAAUGAGUAUUAUUUUUCUCUCUCUCCAUAUUUAAUUACUUAUUAAUUCCAUUAGAUUGAAAAGAAUCAAUGAUCACAAUGAUCUACUAGCUUAUCUGCCAGAUAUGGUCGAUGGAAAAACUAAACCUCUACUGCACGGACUAUACUAUCUACCGGAUAUUGUUAAUAGAUACUAGACAUCCACUGCAUGGAUUCACACUCCAUAUAUUAUCAAUGGGAUGAAUACCUCUACUACGAAGAACACACUCCCCAUCAGAUAUAGUCAAUGGACACCAGACAUCCACUGCAAGGGUUACACUCGCCAUCAGAUAUGGUCAAUAGAUACCAGACCUCCAUUGAAAGGAAAAUACCGAGCCCUUACCACCAAAUAUGGUCAAUGGAUAUCAGACAUCCACUAUAUGGAUUUCAUCAUCCAAUAGAUAUUUUCCAUGGAGUCCAUACCUCCACUGCAUGAAAUACAUCUAAUAGAGUUACAAUAUGGGUUAUUACUCUACAUAAGUCUCGAACUUGGGACAAGUAAGAAUAUGGGUUAUUCUCAAUAACAUGAUUAUUUUCCCCAAUCAUAAUAUCAUAAGUUGUUUCCAUAGAAGGUCAGUUAUCUUGUAACUAGAUUAUCGCUCGCAUCCAUGCAAUCCGGCACUCUCGUAAAUGGAUGAUUCGUCUCAAGCAAUCACUCGUUCAUGGGUACCACGGAGGUACCUAUCACAUUCGAGUAUUAAAAUCUAAUUUAUUUAUCAUAACCUAAGUUAUCUUAGUAAUUCCUUUCACCUAGUCAUCAUCCUAGGUUUAAUCUCACUCACCAUCAUAGGAUUUUAACAAUUUAUUUUUAUUCAAUUCAAACAUAUUCAAACAUAAGUUAUGAGGCACACAUAAGAAAAGGAAAGUAUAUUCCAUUCACCAAGAGCAAACAUAAAAAUAUGUAUCAUCAAGCAUCGUCAUCAUAAAGAGCUUUAAACAAGCUUUCCAAUGUAUUUGACCGUGUCUCAUUUCAAGUUACGAAACUCAAGAUAUACUAUUUUCAAUGAUGCUAGAAUUUUCAAGACAGAUGAUUUCGCUAAGCGAGACUGGCAUGGAAGAAUCACUAAAAUCCCACUUUUAACCCAUCUUCUUCAACCUUUAACCAUCCAAACAAUACCCAAUCAUAUUCUAACAAAUUCAAGCAUUUAAGCAUCAUUCUAAGACACAUAUGAAACCAUUAAUAUAUGAGAUUCAAGUAUGGCUUCUAUUUACCAAAAAGGUAAAGCAUUAGGCUAGUUUCCCAAUGUACGCGACUUCUUGUUAAUCGGAGCUACAAUUCCCAUCCUAUGGUGAGAAAUAGUGAAUCAAACAAUCUUCCCAAAAUAGGGCAUCCUCGCCUGGCAAAUUCAGUGAGCCUCCAGGCGAGCUCUCUCUCGUCCAGCGAACCUCAAGUGAGGUUUGGCUGAAUACCACAUUUUCUCCAAAUCAACUCUGUCGCCUAGCGAGGAUGACAUAACACAGUUUUCUAGGAUGCAUGAAUGCUGCUAAGCGAGCUCAUCCCUCGCCUAGCUAGGAUUACAUAAUUCGGCCAAAACAGAAACUUAACAGGAAGGGGAAACAAACCAUAAAUCCAACACAUAUCAUAUUAAUGUAUCCAAUAACACAAAAUAUCAUGGUUUAUCACAAUAAAAUAUGCAAGCAUCAAGAAUUUAUUUUAUUGUAUUACACAAAACAAUCACAUAUAACAUAUUUUCACACAAACCAUAAUUUUUGAAAGCAUGGAUUUUCCCCCAAAGCUAUAUCUACCUAGGAACCCACCUCUAAUAAAGAUGAAAAUGAUGAAGAAAUUGAGAUGAAGUUGGUGGUGAUGAUGGUCCUUCCAUGAGCUUUUUUUUCUUCAUACUGUCUUCCUUCUCCUUUUCUCCUUUUUCUCUUCUCUUUAUGUUUUCUUCCCUUCUUUCUCUUCCUUUCCUUUCCUUCUUACUAACAAGAGAUACUUAUAGAAAUAGUAAGAGAGAAGAUAAAAUAUCUUAAAAUAUAUUUGUCCUCUAUUAACAAUUUACCAUUUAAAAAUGUUCCCAAAAAAGUAAUUUCUUUUACCAAUUACCAAAGGUCAAGCUAAUUGAGUAAAGAAUUAAGCUUAACUAAGCUCACUAAUUACUCUACUUGUCCCAACUAACAACAAAUAGAGCAUAUAUGAACUAAAUCUGUCUUAACUCAUACCAAAUAGAGCAUAUAUGAGCUCGGCAUGUCCCAACUGACAAGGAACAUAUCACUUAAGAGGAUAUGGGAUAUUACACCCACAGGGUCAAAUUAUUUAGUUAUAAGUGGAUCUUCAAGGUGAAGGAAGGAAUCAAAGGUGUGAUGUCAAAGAGAUACAAGGAAAUAUUGGUCGUUGGGGGAUUUACUAAAAAAUAAGGAGCCGACUUUAAUGAUGUGUUAUCUCUUGUUGUGAAGUACAAGUCCAUUCGAAUGUUGGUUGGAAUGGUGGUAAAGUUCGACCUAGCACUAGAACGGAUGGAUGUGAAGACUGCUUUCUUGUAUGGUAUCUAGAUGAAACAAUCCUCGUGAAGCAACCAGAAGGGUAUGAAUAAAAGGGCAAGGAUAAUUAUGUGUGCAAGCUUAAUAAGUUUUUAUAUGUCAUGAAACAAUAUCCUCGACAAUGGAAUACGAGAUUCGACAAGUUCAUGGCACACAUAGGUUUCACUAGCAGUCAAUUCUAACACCGUGUUUACUUCAGAUUUUGACACGGAAGUUCACUUAAGAUUUUGGUGCUUAAUGUAGAUAAUAUGCUCAUAGCCAGCGACAAUGUCGAAGAAGUAUUGAGGGUAAAGCCUGAACUAAGAAAAGAGUUCGAGAUGAAGGAUUUUGUAUUGCCACCAAAAUCCUUGGGAUUGACAUUCCAGAGAGAUAGAAAGCCGUUGAGAUUAUGCUUAUAUCAAGAGACAUACCUACGAAAGAUUCUUGACAAGUUUGGUAUGUUGAAUUCAAAGCCUGUUGUGACUCCGACAAAUCCCCAAUUCAAGCUAAGUAUAACUCAGUGUCCCCAUAUUAAGGUCGAAAGAACAUAUAUAAAAAGAAUAUUAUAUGCUAACAUUGUAGGUUCUUUGAUGUAUGUUAUGGUUUGUACUAAGUGAGACAUAGCAUAUGCAAGAAGCCUUGUAAGCAGGUAUAUAGCUAAUACAGAAAAGGCACACUGGCAAGCAAUGAAGUGGAUUCUAAGGUACACAUGUGAGUCUCUGAGCACAGUCAUGAUUUAUGGUGGAGCCUGUGGUGAUGAUAGCAAAGUAGAAAUUGAAGGAUUAGUCGACUCUGAUCAUGCAGGUUGUAUAGAUUCCAGACAAUCUAUUUUUGGAUAUUGUUUUCACUAUGUUUGACACAAUAAUCAGUUGGAAAGAGACAUUUCAGAAUGUUGUUUCCUUAUCAACCACUGAAGCAAAAUAUAUUGCCCUCAUUAAAGCUGUGAAAGAAGCAUUGUGGCUUGAAGAUUUUUCUAAGGAGUUGAAACUUUAAGGUCAAGCAAUCAUUGUUAAAGGUGAUAGCCAAAGUGAAAUACACUUGUCGAAGAAUUCAUCCUAUCAUGAGCGGACCAAUCACAUCAAUUGAAGGUUUCCACUACACACAAUGUUACUGAUAUGAUCAUAAAGACAUUGUCAUGUUGUUUACCCAAAAAAAUGGUAAACAAGCGCUAGUUUCCUUUUUAAAGGUUACUUUUGCGGAAUCAACUAGAAUAUUCCAGGACUAAUUGCUUUAAUUUGUUUAUUACGUCUAUCUGGUUUGUAUUAAAUGCAGCAAUAACUUUAAAGUAAAAGUAAACACUGAAAUUAAAGGCUUUACAGUAAAUAAAAGCAAUAAAAGAGCAGUAAAUGUGCACUGAAAAUGAGAUUUAACGUAAAAUGAUUGCAUAAAUCAAACUGGUACGCAUACGUACAUUCCAAAGUUGCACUCGUCACUCAUUAUUGCACAGAGAUUUGAGUUUACUUGUGUUCUGUAGAAAAUGCGGACCUCAAACUAUUCCUAUGGAACUUGCUUAAAUAGUAAAAAUAAAAUAACUACUCCUAACGGUCGACUGAUUAUCAGUCAACACGUGUCUUCGACAUGCAAGAUCUUCAACUGUGAGACCUCCACGCGUCCUGUGAAAACUGCCAGUAAACUGCUUGAAACUGCCUCUCAACUUCUGAUGCCUUCCGACCUCAGUGCUAUACUUAAACAAAACAUCUAAGUUUUUUUCUGUUUGUUCUAGUCGAACCUGCAUCUUGACUAAAUCUAGUCGAACCUUGGUCAAUGAUGGUUUGUAGAUAGUCGAACGACAGCUCUGACUAAACAAGACCUUUUAGUCAGAUUUUCCUCUUUAGAUUCUUUAAUAAUCUCACCUGUUUUAGAGAUUAUUUACCAUUAUUUAAUAAGUCGAAAUCCUAGGGUAACAAAUUGCCCCCCAAACGACUUCUUUCGACUGACUUUAGGAAAGAGAAAAAUGGCGUUUCAGUUCUUUCUUGGGUUUCAACUUUUGUUCUCUUCUGACGCCAUGAUUACUUUGCACAUCCCUAGGUACUAAUUAUUACCUAAUUCUUAGGUAGUGGGCUAUAACCACUCCCCACUUUCUAAAACCAAUUUCCAAAGCGUUUCUAUGACAUGACCUUUGAUUUCACAACUUCUUUUUGCACGAUUUCUGCUGACGUCAUUAUCAGCUUAUAUAUAUAUAUGUGCAGCUCUCUUCUCCUUUUUCUUUCUUUCUCGUUUACUUCUCUUCUCAAACGUUUCAGAAAGAACCAACUCUUCUCCUCUAACCUUUACCCAUUUUCUUCUUCUCCUUUCAUACACAACAAUGGCAGCUCAACCACCAACACUACUGUUUACGCUACGGGUGCGAACCCUUUAGGGUUUAUUAUGUCCCGUGAAGAAGAAGAACAAGGAUUGGAUUUUAUUCCUCAACCCAAUCUUACUGAAGCCAAAGCCAUUAUUUGGCAAAACCAGAUGUUAAUCCCUUUUCAGAUUACUGAUAAAUUAAUGGCUUUCUCAGGGCCAUUACCAGACCAUCGUUACCACCCAGAGCAAACCACUGGUUUCUUUCCUUGCUUCCAAACCACCAUGCCUAUAGCUUUCGACAAACCACGUCCCCUCGACUUGAAGUUUAUGGACCCUUCGCUUAGGGUGUUUCGUUCGACUCCAGCCCCUGGCAACAAGGAGUACUGGGCUUGGCUUAACAAAGUUCAAGCGAAAAAACAACAGAGAUGGGAGGAAUUGGGCAUCUUCGACGCCAUACAAUUAUCCAGAACUGGUCAUAGGGUUUGUCCUCCCAUGCUACUUGCUUCAAUCUUCUUCUGGGAAGGUUCGACUAACACCUUCCACCUUCCUUGUGGAAUGAUGACUCCCACUCUCUUCGACGUGGCUGCCAUCACAGGACUUUCGCCAUUGGGUGAGAUCUUCGACCCAACUCUUCCCACAGAAAUGAAUUUCAACUUCACCAAUGCUACCAUCACCAAGUAUAUGCAAGAUCAUUAUGAUAAGUCGAUAGAAGAAGUCUCUGACGAAGAGCAUGUUGCUUUCCUCACCUACUGGCUAUCAUACUAUCUGUUCUGUCCAGGAUCAUUUCAGAUUGCUAAAGCUUACAUACCUUUGGCUGUUCAGAUUCAUGAAAGUCGAAGGGUCUCUUUAGGUAAGCUUCUUCUUGCUUAUCUUUACCAUACUUUAGGCAUAGCAUCUCUAAGGAUCAAACGCCUGCACGAAACUCCAAAACAACUCUCUCUAUCAGGACCUUAUUGGCUCUUGCAACACUGGUUGAAUGCCACUUUCGAGUCACACAUUGGCUAUACUGUCUCUCGAUCUAUUCUUGAGGUCAUGUAUGAUAGGAGAGUCGAAGGUGUCAAACUUGCUUUCCAAACCCCCCAAGACGAAUCCAACAGACCCAACCUUAUUAAGUAUGUGAAGUUAUUUUCUGAAUGCAAAACAUUCAUUGCUUCCAUGGCUCCUUUCUCCAACAGAUUUUUUGGGCCAACUUGGUUUAAGGCUGUUUUCCCUGGGAAUACUCCAACCCUUCGAGCUCAGUUAAAUGCUAUUUGGGCUGCUUUUCUGACCCCAACGCUUCUCUCUCACCGUAUUGAGUCGAUAGGCAAGUGCUAUGGGUUUGUAAGUUAUCAACCAAAUUUGGUCUCUCGACAAUUUGGUUUGAGCCAGAUGCUACCCAAAAGCCUAUAUUCUCAUGAUAAUGACAUUUGCUACUCCGGUCGACCGUUCACAGCUCGUCAACAUCUCGACUGUCUAAAAUUUUACAACAAACAAUCUUUGGAACACCCAACGUUUACCUUCCAAAACUCCUACUUCACCACUAAAGAAUUCAGUGAGUGGUGGUCUGAAUAUCACCAGCUUUUUGAUGGAGAUUCUUUUAUCAAGAAACUGAACAUUGCGUUUGACAAGUUGGAGGACCAACUUACCAUAAAUCUUUCAGGGCCUGAUCUCACAAAUCAAAUCGAAGCUCCUGCUCCUAAACCGGGUCGAAAGCGCCCCAGCACGUCGAACAACACCACCACCAAGAAAAACAAAACUGUGAGAAAGUUGAUAGUUCCUACUGAAUCGGACGAAACUACAUCUCCACCGAAUCAGGAAAGUGAGAUCUUUUCACGACCCCCGCUUUUGACUCCACCAAAAAGACAAAAAGUUGUAAAGAACAUUCUCAAAAUGGUUGUCAAGCCUCAAACAGCUCCGACAAUCUCUUCGUCUCAAAUUUUUCCUGAGAAUGCACCGACUGUCGACCAUACUCAGGAGAAGGUUAUCAAAGUUGCUGAGAAAAUUGCUGAAGCCACUCCUGACUCCAAUCCUUUUAGCCCUCAAAGGACUGACGCUUUUGGAAGCAACACUGAUUCGGCUAACACUUUAGGUCGAAGUCGAACAGAUCCUCAGGACAAACCCAUCGUCGAACAAUCACCUGCCACAAAAAAUAUUGAAGAUGUUCCUCGACCAUAACCCAAUGCAGCUUCUCAGUCAAGACAACAUUCUAUUGCUGACGAUACUAGCUCCAACAGUUCUCUUAGUCAGGAAGAAAUUCUGGACUUGAAGAAGACUAAUCCUUUGGAGGCUCUCUUUCGACUUCAGAAGCUGCGACCAAGCUCUUUUGAGAUUCCUGCUCAAUCGACCAAUCCUGAUGUUGAGAUUGAUGCUUCUCUUGUCGAAGCUAUAUGCCAGCUGAAAGCCCAUCUGAACGAACCUGAGUUUCUCGCUGUUCUUGAGAGUUCUGAACAUCUUGGUGGAGAAAUUUGUAAGAUCUUAGAUUUACUGAUCAAAGCUUCUCUUCCACCAGUUGUUGUUCAAUUCUUCUUUGAUUUUGAGGCGUACUUCGACCAACUCUGGAGGGACCUUAUGACGAAGAAGAACAUUACUCGUCAGGCAAAGAACAAAGAGCGUGAAAUGGAGAGGGAAUGGGAUGCCAGUGCAGCUUCGACCAAAAAGGUUGAAGAAUUUCAGGAGAAAACUUUAAAGUUUUCUGAUAAGAAGGGAGAGAUCGACAACAAGAUUGCUGAUUACAAGGCUCAAAUUGAUGACCUCAACAAGAAGAUUCAAAAUCUUGAACAAGAGAAAAUCAGUUUGGCUCAAACUGAAGAGGUCCCUUCGCCUGAAAUUAUUAACCAAGAAGUCUUGAAAGGACUUGGUCAUGGUGAAAAUGCACUCAAGUUGGAAAGUAACAUUCGACAGCUUAAACAAAACCUGUCUCGACUUGACUCUAAGAUUGAUUUUGAGUCAACCAAGUUAGCCUAUUUUAGGAACAAUUUCCCUGCUUUGUAAUUUCAUUUUCGACUGACUGGCUAUAAUUUUGUAAUGACCGCCAAUGUGCUCUAUAAGAACCUUUUGUAAUGAUUGGCCAAUUUUUUUAGCCAUUUUAAUAUAAUCUCUUAGUUUUUUAUUCUCUUAUGUGAAUUUCUUGAAGUAUAGGUUUAUAUUUUUUCAAAUAUUUACCAUUUAUCCUCAAGAUUCGACCAUCUGAAUUUAGUUUUUCAAUUUCAUAUGCAUUGUUUGAAAACACUUGCAAAAUUUUAAACGGUCCUUCCCAACUUGGGGACCAUUUACCCAAUAACUUAUUCCUUUGAUCCAUGGGGAGAAUAACUUUCCAUACAUAAUUGCCUACCAUGAAUGUCUUCUCUUUGACUUUCUUGUUGUAAGCCUUCGCCACUUUUUCCUUUUGUCUUAUUAACUUAUCCAACGCUAUUAGUCGUUCUUCGUCUAAUUCUACUAAUUCAUCUAACAUCAUAUUCCAGUAUUCGUCAGACGAGAGACUAUUUUGUCGUUGAAUUCUUGUUGACUGUAGAUGAAUUUCUACAGGCAAUACAACAUCAUGCCCAAAAGUCAAACGAAAUGGGGUAGUAUUUAUUGCUUCCUUUGGUGACGUCCGACAAGCCUAAAGGAUUUGGUCGAGCGUUUGAUGCCAAUUUCUUGGCUUUUUUCCCACAUGCUUUUUUAUCAAAUUUAUAAUAACUUUAUUAGCAGCUUCGACCUGACCAUUAGCCUGAGCGUAAUAUGGAGUGGAUGUUAGCAAUUUAAAUCCUGUCUCUGCUGCAAAAGCUUGCAUCUUUCGACCAACAAACACUGAUCCUUGAUCAGUAGUAAUAGUUUCCGGAAUCCCAUAUCUGUAAAUAAUGUGUUUUUGUAUGAAACUAAUCACUGCUUCUUGAUCAGCAUUAACUAGUGGAAUUGCUUCUAUCCAUUUAGUAAAAUAAUCUAUUCCCACUAAAAUGAAUCUUUGCUGCUUAGAAGAUGCAGGUUUGAUUUCUCCUAUUAAAUCCAAAGCCCAUCCUCUAAAAGGCCAAGGUUUGACAAUGGCAUGCAAUUCACUGGCUGGAACAUGUUGAAUGCCUGAAAAUUUCUGGCACUCUUGGCAUCCUCUUGCAUAUUCAAUACAGUCUUUUAGCAUUGUCGGCCAAUAUAAACCUUGUCUAAACAACAACCAUUUCAUCUUAUGGCCUGACUGAUGAGCUCCACAAACACCACUAUGAACCUCUGACACAGCCAAAUAUGCUUCAGCUUCACUUAAGCAUUUCAACAAUACACCUUCAGCUGUUUUCUUGUAUAAAUCAUUUCCUAAUAUCACAUAGUUUAGAGCUCUGUAUUUGAUCUUUCGAUCAGUUCCUCCAACUAGAUUAUUUAGGUACUGGACCAAAGGGUUUCUCCAAUCAGCAUCAGUCAUAUUGUCGAUGGCAAAAACUUCCAAGGCAUACAAAUUUUUACUUUCAACUUUAUCACCUACCCCCUCGAAUUUUGACGUCGACAAUUGACCUAACUUGUCUAACACUUCAUGGGUUUCUUUAUUCUUGAUCUCGACCAUAUCUUCUAACUUGUUUUUAGAAACUCUAUACCCAGAAGCAAUCUGUGCCAAUUCAUUGGCAAUGUAAUUGUUAGAUCUUGGUACAUGCAAGAUCUCAACAUGUUCGAAUUUUUCUAACAAGCGGAUCACAAUUGCAUAAUACAUUAUUAGAUUUUCUUUGAUGCAUUUAUACUCUUUUUUGAUUUGUCGAAUUACUAGCUCAGAAUCACCUCGAAUCUCAACUCGUGUUGCCCCUAAAUCUAUUAAGGCCUUCAAACCAGUUAUCAAGGCUUCGUAUUCGACCUCAUUAUUAGAGCAUACUCCUUUCAUUUUAUAAUGGAACUUUGUUGGAAGUCCUUUAGGAGAAAUAAUCAAGACUCCAAUGCCUGAUCCAUUUUUGUGACUAGAACCGUCAAAAAACAACUUCCAAUUAGUUUGUUCAACGAGAUUUGCAGAGGAGUCGACUAACCCAUGUUCGACUAUAAAAUCAGCCACAACUUGUCCUUUCAUAGCUUUUAAAGGAACAUAUGUUAAGGAAAAUUCAGUUAGUGCUAAGGCCCAUUUACCAAUUCGACUAUGCAAAAUAGGUUUAGACAACAUAUGUUUAAUAACAUCAAAAUGAGAGGACACAUACACAUCAACAGGCUUUAUAUAUUGCUUAAGUUUAUUACAUGAGAAGUACAAGCAUAAGCAUAACAUUUCAAUAUCAUUAUACCUAGUUUCAGCAUCUACUAAGGUUCGACUUAGAUAAUAUAUAGCUCUUUCGACGCCAUUAUCAUCUUCUUGGGCUAACAUACUCCCAAUUGUCGAGCCUGAUGCAGCUAUGUACAAUUUCAUAUUUUUUGUCCUAUUGGGGGUAACAAAAUAGGAGGCUUAGUUAAAUAAGCUUUUAUUUGGUCGAAUGCCUGUUGAUGUUCUUGCUCCCAUUUGAAUUGAUCUUGAUUCUUGAGCUUCACAAGUGGUGAAAAUAUCUUCGUUUUGCCACUUAGAUUUGAGAUAAAUCUCCUCAAGAAAUUAAUCUUCCCCAACAAUGUCUGGAGUUGUUUCUUUGUUUCUGGCGCCUUUAGCUCCAAGAUUGCUUUCGUCUUGUUUUGGUUUAUCUCAAUACCUUUCUUGUGAACCACGAAGCCCAGGAAAUCCCCUGCAUGUACACCAAAAGCACAUUUUAAAGGAUUCAUUUUGAGUCCAUAUUUUCUCAUUUGUUCAAAAGACUGUCGAAGAUGGUCUAAGUGACCAUUUUCAGAGUUAGAUUUGAUUACAAUAUCAUCAAUAUAAACCUGCAUAAACUUGUCAAUAAAAUCAUGAAACAUGGAAUUCAUGGCUCGUUGGUAUGUAGCUCCAGCAUUUUUUAAACCAAAGGGCAUUACUACCCAUUCAUAAGUUCCUAAAGCACCUGGGCAUCGAAACGCCGUCUUAGGCACAUCUUCGUCAACUAUAAAAAUUUAGUUAUAACCUGAAUAUCCAUCUAAUAAACUGAGAUAUUCAAAUCCGGCUGUGGAGUCGACUAACAUUUCAGCAACCGGCAUGGGAUAUUCAUCUUUAGGGGUAGCCUUAUUUAAAUCUCUGAAAUCUAUGCAUAUACGAAGGCUACCAUUUUUCUUUAUUACAGGCACUAUAUUAGCUAACCAUUCGACAUACCUCGCAAUUCGAAUAAACUUGCUUCUCAGCAGUCUUUCAAUUUCUACUUUGAUUUUUUUCAUAACCUCUGGCGCAAAUCUUCUAGGAAGCUGCUUGAUAGGUUUCUUACCUGGGUUUAAUGGUAGUCGAUGCUCCACCACAUGUCGACCCAAACCAGACAUUUCAUGAUAAUCCCAAGCAAAACAAUCUUUGUAUUCUUUUAGGAGUCUAAUCAACUUGGUUUUUAAAUCACUCGCAAGCUUUGUGCUUACAUAUGUAGGCCUUUUAAUGAUUCCAUCACCCAAAUCGAUUUCUUCCAGGGGAUCUUGGGCCUGCAUUCUUUUUACUGAUCCUAGUGGAUCCAUUUCGAAACCUAAAGGUUCAUCAUCGUAUAUCCCAUCAAAUCUUUCGACCUGGUGAUCGACUUCAUGAUUGUUUUCAUUUUUUACCAACAUGGCCUCAAUAGCCAUAUUUUUCUCUAAUUCGGCUUCUAAAGCCGUUCUUUCUUUGUUUUUGGCCAAAUAAGCCGUUAUUCGAGCCAGGUAUUCUGACUCAGUGGUCAUCAUCUUUGACUGAUGUCCUCUGCUCUGGAGGACUUUCAUGAUUCAAUGGUUCAUUAGGAUCUUCUUUAUUCCAAAUGAAACCAUAAUUUGGGUCUAAGUUCAGAUACUUAGACACACUUUCAUCAGAAGAAUACACCUCUUCUGCUUUGUAGCAAGGAGCUACAUUUGCCAGAUGCUGGUCGAAGUGUCUACGACCACUUUCUGUUUUGUAAUAACUUUGGUCAGCUUCAAUAUUCUCCACUAUACCAUCUAGCCUCCAUAUGGCCACACGCUGAUGUAAGGUCGAAGGAACUGCCCCUAUGCCAUGGAUCCAUUCUCGACCCAACAGCAGUUUAAAAUUUGCCUGAGAUGCAAUCACCAUAAAGAUGGUUGACCUGACAGUCGAACCAACAGCCAAUUUUACUUGAAUCACUCCAAGUAUUCCACUUGUCUUACCCUCAUAAUUAGACAACACCAUAUUAUGGGGCCUUAAAUCUUUGUCGGACUUACCCACUUUCUGAAGCGAAGAAUAAGGCAUUAAGUUUACAGCAGCCCCACCAUCGACAAACACUUUGUUUAUUGGAACACCAUCCACUUUCGCCCUUAUGAAUAAAGGCUUCAAAUGAUACAUCAUUCCUCGACCUGGCUUCUCAAACACAGCCUUUUGUUCUUCCACUACUCCUUUUCCCAUUAUAUAAUAACAGACAGGCGUUUCUUCCACAUUCUCGUCAAGAAGAAAGUCAUCUUCGUUCUCAGAUACCUCAGAUACUCUGUCAAACUCUGCUGGAAGUACAGAGACAAUUCCACAGUCGAUUAACAACUCAUCUGACUCUAUGUCAAAGUUGUCGUCGACCUCUUCGUCCGACAAUGGAGAAUAUUCAGGCUCUUUUUCUGUAUUGAGGAUCGGAGCAUCAUCAUCAACUAGUUCUUUAAUCAGUUUCUUUCCUAGGAUCAUUCCUGCAGCCAGUCUUUCAUUUGCUAUUUUAGCCUGCUCUUCAGUCAACUUCCUGUGAAAAGGCUCUGGCUGAUAGUGAGAAAAUCCUGCCUGCACCAUUUUCAAACUUUCCUGUCCAUUCUUAUGGCUUCUUUGGUAACGCCUCCACUGCGUUCGAGUCAUGGGGUUCUUUCCUUUGUAGUUUGGAGAUAUGUAGUCUUUUCUUUUAGAUCCACUAUCAGUCCAAGAACCUUCAGCAUUUGUUCCAGCACCUUGGAUCUGCCAUUCUGGACGUUUACCUCUGAAGUUAAUGGGUUUUACCCAUUUGUCUUCAGGGACAUCCGUCUUAGGACGGAAAGUCUUUGGUUUUUCAAACCUCUUCCUGUAUUCUCCAGCCCUUCGACCACUAUUUUCUCCUGUAUACAUGAACUGACGAUUCUUGCCUCGACGAGGGUCGAACCUCACUUUUUUUGCAGCAUCAACAUUGAAAACAGCAUCACAUCUUGGACAUAAUCCAACUUGAGAGUUAUUGUUGUGACACCUCUCAAGGAAUUUCAGAAGGCUUUCUCUUGGUUCAGGAUAAACCAUGUUCAAAACUUUGCCAUCAGUAGCGCCGUCUUGCUUUCUAACGAAACCAUCAGUAGUUUCGACCAUCAUCACAUCAGCAAGCUCAGUGUAGUGAGCUUCUUCGACUUGCAAAGGACCAGUAUCAACUUGCAUCGAUGACUUUGGUUUUUCUCCAAAUUGUAGCCUUUCUUCUUUCAAAGCCUUCUGCACCAAAUCCCUGAAAAGGACACAUUGAGAAGUUUUAUGACCCAAGAAAUUAUGAAAUUUACAAAAUCCUCUUUUUUUCUUUUGUUCAAGAGGAGGAUUUUUAAGUCCCGGAGGUACUAUGAUUUGCCCAUCAGCAACCAACAAAUCAAAUAUUUCACCACAUUUUGUUAUAUCAAAUGAAUACGUUUUACUAGAAAAAUUUUCAUUUUUAUUUUCGACCGGAUUUUUAUCUUUUGAGGGUUUGAGUAAUUUACAGAUAUAUGGUGGUCCUGGCUUUAAUUCAGCCACGUUGACUUCUCCCUCUUCGUAUUCACUAUCACUAUUAGAGUCGAACUCACUUGUAGUAACAUAAGCUAUUUUUUAUUUCUUAUGAUAUUUACUAACUUUGGCUUUUUCAGCUUUCAGCCUUUCGACCUGGCGUACUCUAUCUGCCAGUUGUGCCAUAUCUCUCAAAUGUUGGGUGUCUAAUUUCUUCCUUAUGGAAUAAUCUAACCCACCUGCAGCCAUUUCGACUAACUCAUGUUCAGGAAUUUGUGUGAAGCAUCUAGCUUUCAGUAACCUAAAACGGUUUAGAUAGUCAUCGACUGGUUCCAUCCCCUUUCGCCUAACUCCAGCUAACUCUUUCAAACUAAUCUUCGACUGUCCCAUAUAAAAUUGCUCAUGAAACAAUCGUUCUAAUUGAUUCCAUGAGAACAAGGAUUGUGGAGAUAAGGUCGUGAACCAAGUAAACGCAUUUUUUGUUAACGAACUUGGAAAAUAUUUCAUCUUUAGAUUUUCAUUGUUUGCUAUUUCUCCAGCCUCUGUCUGGAACCUAUCAAUAUGUUCGACUGUCGACUCGCCAGUUUCACCAGCAAAUUUGGUGAAUUUUGGGACUUUCCAACCCUUAGGCAAUUCUGUUUGCCUUACAUGACAGUGGGGAAACAAAAUUUGGUCUGUGCAAACCUACAUUUAUUCCAUUCUAAACUAAGAUUUGUUCGACUACAUUCGAGAUAUUAUUGUGUCCAACAUUGACUCUUGCUGGAUAUUUCUAAGAACCUGAUCCGCAUCUUGAUGCUGUUGUACUACUCUAGGGAUUUCUUGUUCAAUUUGGUCUCCCUGUCUUGUAGGUUCGACUCCUCUCACAUUCGACCCUUGGGUAGUCGAAAGGUUUGGUUGCGGGGGCGCUCCAAAGAAAUCUGCAAUUCUGGCCAUUUGUCCAGCCAAUAUUUCAUAACUUUGAUUCGUAUUAUUUAUCAUGAGAGUAAAUACAGUUCCCAUUUGUUGAGUAAGAGCAUUCACCAUUUCGUGAUUGCUUUCGUCCAUUUGUUGUCGGAUUGACAACAUCGACGUAUUACUCAAAGAAGGUAAUGUUUGAUUAAUGUAACUUAUACCCAUAGGUCGACCCCCUGAAUUUGAUGUGCUUGUUGCCAUCAUGCUGUCGGAAAACAAUGAAGGAUUUGUGUGUAAACCUUGCAUCAUAGACGUAGGCAUUCCAAACUGAGGGUUAAAACCUGGUGGAGGUAGCAUCCCAUGAAACGGCGGUCGUAAUGGGUUAAACGGUGACCGUACAUUCAUUGGUGAUGAUACCAACGUCGCUGCCUUCGAUCCACCAGUAUUUGUCGUUCUGACUGGGGAUGAGUUUGCGGCAUUUUGUGGUGUUGUUCCAGUUAUAACAACCCCUUGAUUUCCAGAAAGGUCAUAAUCAUUUGUAUUAACUUCAGCCAUGUUAGUUAAUUUCCGACCACUUCUUAAUAUCAUGCAUAACUAUUACACUAACAAAUAAAAACAAACAGCAAUUGACGUGUCCCACUGGGCGUGCCAAUUUGUUUACCCAAAAAAAUGGUAAACAAGCGCUAGUUUCCUUUUUAAAGGUUACUUUUGCGGAAUCAACUAGAAUAUUCCAGGACAAAUUGCUUUAAUUUGUUUAUUACGUGUAUCUGGUUUGUAUUAAAUGCAGCAAUAACUUUAAAGUAAAAGUAAACAUUGAAAUUAAAGGCUUUAAAGUAAAUAAAAGCAAUAAAAGAGCAGUAAAUGUGCACUGAAAAUGAGAUUUAACGUAAAAUGAUUGCAUAAAUCAAACUGGUACGCAUACGUACAUUCCAAAGUUGCACUCGUCAGUCAUUAUUGCACAGAGAUUUGAGUUUACUUGUGUUCUGUAGAAAAUGCGGACCUCAAACUAUUCCUAUGGAACUUGCUUAAAUAGUAAAAAUAAAAUAACUACUCCUAACGGUCGACUGAUUAUCAGUCAACACGUGUCUUCGACAUGCAAGAUCUUCAACUGUGAGACCUCCACGCGUCCUGUGAAAACUGCCAGUAAACUGCUUGAAACUGCCUCUCAACUUCUGAUGCCUUCCGACCUCAGUGCUAUACUUAAACAAAACGUCUAAGUUUUUUUCUGUUUGUUCUAGUCGAACCUGCAUCUUGACUAAAUCUAGUCGAACCUUGGUCAAUGAUGGUUUGUAGAUAGUCGAACGACAGCUCUGACUAAACAAGACCUUUUAGUCAGAUUUUCCUCUUUAGAUUCUUUAUUAAUCUCAUCUGUUUUAGAGAUUAUUUACCAUUAUUUAAUAAGUCGAAAUCCUAGGGUAACACAUGUUGCAUGUUUUUUCACUAUAUGCAGUUGAUAAAGUUGCAUGAAGAAAACUAGAUUGUUUCUUUGAUGUUGUAUAGUUUGUUCCAAGGUGGAGAUUUAUGGUAAUUGAAUUGAACUCUAGGCUCGACAAGGGUUGGUUCGACAGAAGCCGAAGUCUUGCAUACUGUAGUCAAAGUACGUUCAAGCAUGCAGUAGUCGAAAUAUGCUAUGUUGUUAGCAUGUCGAAUUUGGCCAGUAUACUAGCCUAAUUGUUUAAGUUAGCUUAGUAGUUUAUAAAUAGAAUGGUUCUCUAAGGUUGUAGAGAGAGCAUUGAUUGUUGUUAUUCACCUGUAAUCUUUGAAUCCUAAUUGAGAAAGUGAAUAGUAAAAUAGUUAUAACAAAUCCUGAAUUUUUUCUUCUUCUUCACUCUUCUCUCUCUUUCAUAAAACUGAAAGGUUUUCUAGUGUUUGUCCAAAAAACCCAAUCUUUUUCAUAAUUUUAAUUUAUUUUUGACGAUGCACGUUACAACACAUAUUUUAGUCUAACGACUCAAAACUAAAAGAAUACAUAUUAUUAUAUAUUUAUUUAGUCUAACGACUCAAAACUAAAAGAAUAAAUAUUAUUAUAUAUUUAAUCUCAAGAUUCCACGAUUUUAAUAAGAACUAAUUAUUAUAUUCUUAAAUAGUUAUUAUUAUUAUUAUAUGAAUUCCUCUAAUAUUCUUAAAUUACAUUAAAUCUAUCAUAUAAGAAAAGUCUACCAUUUCCUCAUCUGUUAGCUAUGCCACAUCAGCCUCUCUUCUCACAAAAUUCCACAUCAUUCCUUUCCCAUUGUAGGAUUGAACUUUAAACCUCCAACCUCUCAUGAUCUCGCAGUUAUUCCUUUCCCAUUGUAGGAUUGAACUUUAAACCUCCAACCUCUCAUGAUCUCGCAGUUACAAAUUAUUUACUUUCUCUGGCCAUUCAUAUUCACAACUUCUUACAGCACUAAUGACCUCAUAUAAUGCUUAUGCCUUCCAAGCCCUCCACCUUCCACGUUCCAAAACACUUUUAUCAUUACUAUAUAUAACCAUCAUACUUUCACAGUAUCUAUCAUAUUCAUCAAACCUAAUCGUGGAAAAUUUUGGUUUAUACUAUUUUUGCAAUUACAGCCAUUCCCACGACUAUUCAUGUGGAAAAUUUUGUUUUAUACUAUUUUUGCAAUUACAGCCAUUCCCACG